CGAGCAGUGUGUUUGAAAUAGGGUCCGACCGCCGGAUCGGAGAAAGUGUUGGUAUUGGUAGUGAACGCCAGUGUACAGUGUACACCGUAAACUAAAACUAUGGGACUGUUUACUCGUUCCAUUUUAAUUUCAUAAUGUGCUGUGUUACACCCUAUUGUCUGUGACUCUUGUACCCUACCACUUAUUAUUAAGCCAAGACGAGCUAAUAAACGUUCUAUUUAUCGAUUUAAUCUUAAUUCUUCAGUCGUCAUAAUUAUUGCUCGAUUUUUGUGUUGGUUGAUUGUUUUUUUCUUAGAAGUUUACGAUGCCUUCAACAUAUUACCAGGUUUGGAGAUAUUUUUAACGAGUAGGUAAACAAGUAAAGCAUGGCAUCUGGCACGACGGAAUCCAUGUGCGAUCCAUGGUCGAGCCAGCAGCAAGAGCAAGAGAAAAAGAACAAGAGGAAAAUGAAGAGCAACAACAAUUGCUCGUCGAACGGGCACGGAGAGACCAGACUUGGGAUUGUGGACCUGGAAGAAAGGAGAUCACUUACCAACGAAAACGUCGACCUGCAAAUAACCUACAAGCCGCCGUGUAGUGAUGGUGACGGUGACGGUGACGGUGACGGUGAUUUUUCCGAUGAUAGUGACACGGAAUGUGGCUUAGGACCAUGCGCCCCUCACUGGUGCCAAAUGUUCGCCUCCAAACAAUCGUUUUUAAUAGUUUUCUGCAUCGCCUGGGUGCUCCAAGGGAUGUACCACACGUACUUUGUCAGUGCGAUUACUACCAUCGAAAAACUCUUUCAAAUACAAUCGAAAAUAACCGGCAUCAUCAUGAGUGCUACGGAGAUCGGCCAAAUCGGCUCAUCGUUGCUUUUGACUUACUACGGCGGCCAGGGACAUCGGCCCAAGUGGAUCGCAUGGGGGAUGGUUCUAUUCGCCGUCUCGUCCUUUACUUGUUCGCUACCCCAUUUCAUAUACGGCAGGCAAUUGAUCAACGCCAACGAUCUCACCGAUAUAACUAAGGAACCCAAUGUUUGCAAGUCCGCCCAAAUGCCAUGGGAAAACGAAACUUCGACACUAUCGACAACCUCAACCUAUACUCAACUGAUGACGGACUUUGAUGCUGCUGCUGCUGCUGCUGACUCAACUGCCAUCUCAACUACUACCUCAAUUCCGAAUAUUUUAAGGGCUUGCGACGAGGAUGAGUUCGUUACCGGCCACAGCAUUCAACCCUUGGUCACCAAAAUAGUUCUGGCCAUAUUUUUCAUCAGUUUGCUGGGGGUCGGAAUGGGCCAAACUGCCGUCUAUACUUUGGGUAUCCCCUACAUUGAUGAUAAUGUGGCAAGCAAAGAAUCGCCUUUGUAUUUUGCUAUAACUAUCGGAGUUCGGAUUUUGGGGCCUGCUUUGGGAUUCAUAGUGGGAUCAUUAUGUACCAGCGUUUACGCAGAUCUUUCUGUAGAUCCGAAAAUCGAAUCUUCGGACCCCAGAUGGGUUGGGGCAUGGUGGUUAGGUUUGGUUUUGAUAGGCGGAUUGUUAAUGUUAGCCUCUUUGGCUAUGUUUGCAUUUCCAAAAAGAUUAUCAAGUGCCAAACCCACUCCCAGAAUACACCAGACUAGUCGCAAACACCCUAGCAUAAGGGAUUUUCCUAAAACUGUGAAAAGACUCUUGAGAAAUGACAUACUUAUGUUCCGUACUGCCAGCAGUGUGUUACAUAUACUGCCAAUAGCUGGGUUAUACACCUUUCUCCCAAAAUAUUUGGAAUCUCAGUUUCGUCUACCGACGCCAAAGGCGAAUAUGAUUUCAGGUGUAGGAGGAAUUCUAGUAAUGGGCUUGGGUAUUAUUAUUAGCGGUGUGUUUAUAUUAAGAGUAAAACCAAACGCGCGCUUUGUCGCAGCCUGGAUUGCCUUUACCGCUGUCGUUUACGCAAUAGGAAUGGGCGUACUUAUGUUUAUCGGAUGUCCAAUGAACGAUAUGCCCGGCUUGAAUCACAAUGGGGGUUUUACUCAGUUCAAUCACACGCUAUGCAACGACACGACUUGCGAGUGCGAUUUGGAGAAAUUCUCUCCAGUCUGCGGCGUCGAUCAUCAGACGUAUUUGUCACCUUGCCAUGCUGGCUGCAAAAAUUUCACCAAAGUGGACGGUAAAAUUGUUAGCUACACCGACUGUACUUGUUUGAACUUGACCGACAUACCGUAUACAUUGGACGAAAGCGGUCAAUACACUGAAGACUCACUAAAAAACUUCACUGCCAACAUAGGAUACUGCGAAUUAGAAUGUCCACACUUUAUUUUAUACAUUACUUUGUUCUCGUUUUUUGUUUUCAUACAUUCUACCUCAGAGGUGGGAUCAAUGCUGUUAAUACUGAGGUGCGUUGAUCCUCGAGAUAAAGCGAUGGCUCUAGGCUUGAUACAGUUCGCCAUAGGGCUUUUUGGAAACGUACCCUGUCCUAUAGUCUAUGGAGCUGUUGUCGACUACGCUUGUCUAGUAUGGAAAAUGGCGUGCGGAGAAAAGGGCGCAUGUGGUCUAUACGAUUCCUACAUAUUUAGAAUGUUUUUCCACGGGACGACCGGUGCAAUAUUACUGUGUGCUUUUUUUGUUGAUGUGAUAGUUUGGUAUAAGGCUGGAAGUAUAAACUUCGUUGAUGAACAAACACCUUUAGAAGAGGAGAUGAGCGUUAUUCACGGAAAAAUUAAGUCUGAACCUGAAUAGCAUAAGGAACAGGUGGCAGAUCCUGAUCGGCCGCCAAAAUUUUAGAAACCCUUUAUAACUAUAUAGUUAGUGUAAAUAAGAAGUUUAUUCAAAUUAAUAAGUGUAUUUUGUUUUAUAAAUUGAUUUCUACAUAAUUUUACCAUUUUUUGUAAAUAUAUAUAGGAAGCAUCUAUGUAAUGAAUGUACAAUGCAAUGCCGAUCGAAAUGAUUCAAGUCACUUAGUAGCAAACAGGGUAUUUGUAAAUGUAAAUACAAAAUUUCUAAACAAAAACAAAAGAUGAUAUUUUUGCAUGACUUAGAGACAUUUUGCGCACUGUAUAAUUUUCACAUGCCGUCGGCUAUACAAGAUCUGAUAGAUGGAUUCAAAUACUGUGAUACUAUAUUGAUAUUCUAUACCAUUUAAACUUAUUUUUAUUUCACCUGUAUAGCAUAAAUUAUGCUGUGAUCCAAAUGAAAAAUCAACGAAACUGCCAUUUUUACUUGCAUUUACUGACUUUUUAUACACUUUACUGCAUCACAAUACAUAUAAGUUUAUAUUAAGCAAAACAGCAUUUAUACCACAGGAGAUAAAAUAAGUUUAAAAAAAAGCCUCAGAAAUUUUAACAUUAAACCAUAAAUUGGCAUAAUUAAAAAAAAUCAUGUUUACAUAUAUUUUGUCAUUACCAUUGAAAUUUAAUGUUGGACAACGACAUUGUUUUAUACGGAAAUUAGAAUUAAAUCAAAUUUUUUAGUA